AUGGUUUUCGUGUCCGAGUUGUUGCAGCUCGUGCUACCCGGCGCUAUAGCUCGCUAUCUCCCUGUUCUGCUGUUUGGCAAGCACUUGGAAGAUGUCGCUCGAAAUGGCCUCGAGACCAUAGUGAUCGCUAUUGUGUUGACAUUACUAAUAUUGGACCUACUACUUCUUCACUCUACUGACAAGGUAGUUGCAAAGCAGCUUAUUUCAGGAAUUAUCGGUCUAGUACUAGGAUCCGUGGCAUUUCAUUUAAUUAUCGUCUUGUUCGGAGCCCCCGUUGUCGAUUUGUGGAUGCAUACCUUAUUGCUAGCUAUAUUCCUCUCGAGUUGUGUGACAAUGCCCCUGGCAAUACACUUUGGGUGUUCGCCAAGCCAAUGGCUGAACUUGCUAUUGCAUCUUCGCAUAAAGAACUUGCAGGAGUGGUACCUAGUUUGUUCGUCAAUUGGUGCCAUGCUCGGAGCUUACGUAGGAGCUUUUCCCAUUCCGUUGGACUGGGAUCGACCGUGGCAGCAAUGGCCGCUCACGUGUGUGUAUGGCACGUUAAUCGGCCAUGCAGCUGGAAUACUUAUAAGUAUCGUGAGAAGUGCCACUUCGGCGUCAUUAGCCGCCAAAGAGACUAAGAAAAACUAG